AUGAAUAUAAAUGAUUUUAGUUUAUUGAACAGUCUUGUUCGUUUGUUGGAAAAUCGUUACUUUUUAUUAAGACAAAACCCAAUAAUGGUACGAUCACUCUUUUUAUCAAUUUCAAGAUCGGAUUGUUCAAUCGAAUAUGUAGAUGGUCUCUAUUCAAAAUCUUUAACAAGUAGUAGGGACAUUAUAGCUUUCAAAGUUACAUUUUGCAUCCUCACAACUUAA